ACAUACUCUCUUGAAGAUCAUGAGACUGAUUUCGUGAAAAACAGUCAUUUUUUUUUGUUUUAAUUUGAAAACCGAGUUAAUGGAAAACAUGGGGGAUUCGAGCAUAGGGCCGGGCCAUCCGCAUCUCCCUCCCGGGUUUCGGUUUCACCCGACUGAUGAGGAACUAGUAGUUCAUUACCUCAAGAAGAAAGCUGCUUCUGUUCCACUUCCCGUCUCAAUCAUCGCCGAGAUUGAUCUUUACAAGUUCGAUCCUUGGGAGCUUCCAAGCAAGGCGAGUUUUGGAGAGCACGAGUGCACUUCGGCCAAGCCGCCUGACUUAGCCACGACAAGGAAAAACUCACUACGGCUAGACGAUUGGGUUCUAUGUAGGAUCUAUAAGAAGAAUAGUUCACAAAGACCAACAAUGGAGAGAGUAUUACUUAGAGAAGAUCUAAUGGAAGGAAUGCUCUCAAAAUCAUCUGCUAAUUCUUCUUCCACAUCAGUCCUAGACAACAACGACAACAACAACAAUAACAAUAACAACAAUAACGAAGAACACUUUUUCGACGGUAUGGUUGUCUCUUCAGAUAAACGUUCCUUGUGUGGUCAAUACCGUAUGGGUCACGAGGCCUCAGGAUCAUCUUCAUUCGGAUCUUUCUUAUCGAGCAAGAGGUUUCAUCAUACAGGUGAUCUCAACAAUGACAACUACAAUGUCUCUUUUGUUUCAAUGCUUAGUGAGAUUCCUCAGAGUUCGGGGUUUCAUGCAAAUGGAGUUAUGGAUACGACGUCGUCUCUAGCUGAUCAUGGGGUUUUAAGACAGGCGUUUCAGCUUCCUAACAUGAACUGGCAUUCAUAAUCUAUAUUAGAUAAAUCUGUAUGUAUCAUGUUCAUGUAUGUAUCUACGCACGCCUAAUAUAGUUUACACAUAUAU